AUGAAAGCCCAAGCUUUAGCAAAUCACCUGGCUGAAAACCCUGUCGAUGAUGAAUACCAGCCUUUGAGCACCUACUUCCCGGAUAAAGAGGGAGAAUGGGAGACCCGGGAUGUCAAGCUUAUUUCCUACAGUCAACAUGUGGAAGAUCUUAGCAGGCGAUUUAAGUUAGUCGAGUUCAGGUACAUUCCUCGUUUUCACAAUGAGUUGGCUGAUGCGCUCGCUACGUUGGCCUCAAUGCUGCCAUACCCAGGCAAUGCCCACAUUGACCCGUUGGAAAUCCAAAUCCGGGAAAGGCACAGUUACUGCAAUACGGUUGAGGCAGAACCGAAUCUUCAACCAUGGUAUCAUGAUAUCAAGAGAUUUCUGAAAACUAAAGAAUAUUCUGAUCAAGCCAGUGGAGACCAAAAGAGAACUAUUAGACGACUUGCAAGCAGUUUCUUUUUGAGCAGUGAGGUCUUAUACAAAAGGACUCCAGAUCUCAACUUAUUAAGAUAUGUUAACGCCGAAGAGGCCGGAAGAAUCAUGUAA